CAGACAGGGCGUCCGGGUAUACGGGACCCUAAUAAUCGAAUCAAAAAACGACGCUCUUCAGACAAUUCUUGGAAGCUCACCCUACUCCAUGAGCUACGUCAGUUUUGCCAAGCACCUCGAUCGAAUCGGACAAGCUCUUUCUUUCGAAGGUUGGUUGCUUAACUUUGAAGUACCUAUACCGAAGGGGGAUGGAGUACGCCGCGUCUUCAAGUUCAUCCGGGUGCUCAAAUAUCUUGGGUCAGAAGUCAUCUGGUAUGACGCUGUCACUCACUCAGGCGUCUUGUGUUAUCAGAACGCCUUAACAUCUGAAAACAAACCUUUCAUGGAGGCUGCACACGAUGGAUUAUUUUUGAAUUAUAACUGGAACUCAGAUUUGUUGCUGACUUCACAAAAUGAGGCGGGCAGUGCGACCGUUUCCUCCCGCAUUUUUGUUGGUGUCGAUUGUUUCGGGCGUGGAUGUCCUGGCGGCGGCGGUUGGUCUACCAACGUUGCUCUGCAACUCAUUCUUGAUGCCAUACUGCGACGCCCAGACCGUCCACUUUCCGUGGCACUAUUCGCUCCUGGAUGGCCAUUUGAGAAAUGCGAUACAUCCGCAGCCAAUGGUGACCGAUACAAGGAGCAUCAAAUGAUCGCUGAGAAUGACGAUCGCUUUUGGUCCGGCUUGUCCGAUUUGUUGCGCCGCAUCCGUGGAUCUUCUCAACAUUGUUUUGUGCUCGACCGCAUUUCGGCUCCGUAUAUUCCAGUACCUUUUUUGAAACCAACCCUUCAUACGACCUGUGGUUUGUUGCUGAAAACGACUUGCAGCACUGGCCAGGGUGUUUUCGAACCAGGCGCUGCAUUUUGCAGCAGUAUGAGGGGCCAAGAGCUCAUCCCGACCGCUCUGCAAUUGUCAGAGGAAAUUCUCGAUACCGCAGAUUCCGCUCACAGUACCUCAUCACGCACUCUAAAGGUAACCAAUUAUGCGUACUCCAGGGAUACUUUAACUUCGAACACCUGCCUGCUGAUCGAAUGCAUUGGACGGACAUGUCGAAGGCAUUUGAUAGAAUUGUUCAGCUUUCCGCCUCACACUGAACUCUCUUCUAGAUCGGCGUUCACAGUGGCUUUCUCAUUACCGGAUUACGCGCCCGGUGGAUCUCCACUAAACGAUCACUCAUUCAAAGAUCAGCUGUCGUCAGUUGCACUUUUCCUCGACUAUUCUCUUGACGCUGAAGACCAGGGACUACUGCGGCAUAGCAUUCCUUCUCGACAGAUAGUUUCAGCCAGGAACGUCACAGUCACCGGAACGGCUACAUGUCCUUGGAUGGUUAUGGAGUUUGUCGUGGAUCACCUGGCCACCUCACAUGCGGAUCAUCCGAUUCGUUUGCACCGAUUUGGGCUUGUGUGGGAGUGCCACUUUUCACCGAUGCAGACUAAUCGUUUUCUUCUUGGUUGUAUUCAACUUUGCGAUCCCGAGUUUUUGGGUUGUAUACUGCGUAAAAAUACCUUCCCGUGGCCACUGCGUAUCCAGUCGGUUUCGAUCACAUUGUUCUCGCAUCCUUGCACCCACUGCAAUUCGGUCAGAUGUCUUAGUGAGAGCUCGAAAGAACCUUUACCCUAUGGUCGAGCAGCUACACGGAUUCGGUUUCCCGUCCCAGAAAAGCCCAAACGCAUACGCCGCGGUGAAGGAAUUGGAGGCGGCCCUGAGGGUCGCAUAUCCCAUCUGCGACGUUGUGUCUCUGUUCUGUUCGAUGAGGAACGAAUCGAGCUUCCAUGGGGUGUAGGCAUGGAAACUCGCCUAUAUGCCGAACGGCUUAUACAGGAAGCGGUCAUAUCCUCCGGCGAACAAGAUAACCUAGCACUGCUUAAUUUGUGGUUGGAAUCGCCACCAGACAAAGUGGUCAAGAUUAGUGACUUAUCCGAUGAAGUUAAUCCGUCCAUCUUGGAACUGGCGGUGUUUUGGCUUCGGAAGCCACACCUUGUGGAAAAAUUACUCAAGGUUUUCGUUCCCCGCUAUCGACUGUACGAUCGUGCUUACACAAGCAUAUUUCGACUACCUACGCCACAUUAUCCGUCUCCUCAAGCAGCCCGCACUGAAGGCUUUGCGUUGCUGGAACUGCAUGGAAAUCCUUGGCCCCCUGUUUGCGCGGCGAGUCGCUGUCCCGAUUCGGAGCCAUUCAAGUCCAGUUACUUGAUAAACGUUUUAGUCGACGCAGCGCGCCAGUCUGCUGCGAUAGCCGCUGAAAGACAGUCAAAGCUUACAUCCACAUAGGCCAAGGUCGUUUGAGCUGUUUGAUCUCUGACCGCACUGUCUAACUGACUUGUACAUAGCCCAGCGCUCUGCUGGGCAUCGCAUGUCAAUAUAGUUUUGUCUACUCU